AUGAGCAAAGAAUGCAGCAAGCGAGUGCUCCCAUCCAUCCAAGAUGUGCUCUCGCAGCUGCUAUCGCCAUCUGCGGCCCUCUACGCAUCCCUCCUCCGCCGCUGCGGCAUCUCCCGCUCGCUUGCCGACGGCCGCCGCGUCCACGAUCACAUCCUCGCCACAGGCCACUUCCUCCGGAGCGUCCACCUCGGUAAUCUCCUCAUCCAGAUGUACAGGAAAUGUGGUGGCACCAGCAGCCUCGCGGACGCGCGCGCAGUCUUCGAUCAGAUGCCCAAGAAAGAUGUGGUGUCUUGGAGCUGCAUCAUCGCGGCCUACGGGCAGGCGGGGCAUUGCCGCGAGGCGAUCAAUCUCUUCCAGCGCAUGGAUGUGGAACCCAACGAAAUGGUGAUCGUGAGCACACUGGCUGCGUGCUCCGGCGCCAAGGAUCUCGCGCUGGGCAUGGCCAUCCACGCGAGAAUUCUCUCCCCGGAUCUCCGCAAGAGCGUGUUCGUCGGCACAGCGCUCCUCAACAUGUAUGCCAAGUGUGGAGCGAUCGAGCAGGCCAGAGCGGUGUUCGAUCAGAUACCGCACAAGGAUGUAGUGUCGUGGACUGCGAUGAUCACCGCAUUUGCCCAGAUGGGGGAUUGCCGCCAGGCGCUCGAGACGCUCGAGGGGAUGAUCCAAGCUCGCGUCCAGCCCAAUCCGGUGACCUUCGUCGCGGCGAUCACUGCGUGCUCCAGCAGGGAAUUUCUUGAUCGGGGCAGGAAGAUCCACGCCGCCGUGAUCGACCUGGGCCUCCACGGCGACAUCACGAUCCAGAAUGCGCUCGUUUCGAUGUAUGCGAAGGGUAGCAGCGCGGAAGAAGCACUUUCGGUGUUCCAGAGGAUGGAAGAUCGCAACAGGGUCUCGUGGAACAGCAUGAUCGCAGCCUUUGCUGCGAGCGCACAAUCUUGCGCGGCGAUGGGCCUCUUCCACGGCAUGAACUUGGAAGGGAUCAAGCCCGACGACGUGAGCUUUCUGGGAGUUCUAAGUGCCUGCUCGAGCACUAGGUGCUUGCGAUCGUGCAAGCGGAUCCACUCGCAGCUGGAGCUCGCCGCGGUGCACUCUCCUCCGGAUUUGAGCGUGGAGAACUCGCUUGUCACUGCCUACGCCAAGUGUGGAGAUCUAGAGGCCGCCGAGAGGAUUUUUCAAAGAAUCCCAGGCAAGAAUGUCGUGUCCUGGACGGCCAUGCUCACUGCUUACACCUUUCACGGCAAUGGAUCCAAAGCUCUCGAGCUCUACGACAAGAUGGUCGGGCAGUCGAUCCAGCCGGACAGCGUAGUGCUGCUCAACGUAAUCUACGCCGGAUCACUGGUCGGGGACGUCGGCCUCGCGAGAAAGCUCCACGCUCGCGUUGCUUCCUCCAGCUUCAUGCUCAAGAUCCAGAUCCAGAAUGCGCUCAUCAACAUGUACACGCGGUGCGGCAGCCUGGAGGAGGCAAGGCGGGUGUUUGAUGGGAUCGAGAGGAAGAACUUGGUGUCAUGGAACGCGAUGAUGGGAUCUUAUGUGCAGCACGGAUACGACGAGGAAGCGAUCGCAUUGUUCUCGGAGAUGAAGGCUGGGAACUCGAGGGCCAUGGAGUCGGGCUUGAGGAGCUCGGUCUCUGCGAGCUCGGACUCUAGUUUGUACACAAAGAGUGUGAAGAGCUCGGACUCCACUAACACCUCGGCCUCCACCAUCUCGGACUCCAUUCUAAAGCCUGAUUGCAUCAUGGCCGUCAUUCUCCUGUGUGCCCACGCCGGCCUGGGCAAGCUCGCCGAGGGGCGGCGCAUCCACGCCGAUUUAUGCGCCGCGAAUCCGGAGAUUCUCGCGGGAUCCACGACCAACGUCACCCUGGGCAACGCGCUGGUUAGCAUGUACGCGCGCUGCGGCAGCAUGGGAGACGCCACCGCCGCCUUCCACCGCAUGAGAGCCCGCGACACGGUGACGUGGAGCUCCCUGGUGGCGGGAUACGCCCACCACGGCCACGCCGAAUAUGCCAUCCUCCUCUACCGCGACAUGCACCUCGAGGGCGUCCAGCCCGACAGCGUCACCUACGUCAGCAUCCUCAACUCGUGCAGCCAUGCCGGCCUGCUCGCCCAGGCGCGGCAUUUCUUCGUGUCCAUGGUCGAGGACCACUGCCUGGCGGCGUGGCCCGACCACUGGAAGUGCAUGGUGGACGUGCUGGGGCGGGCGGGGUUUGUCGGGCGGGCAGAGGACGUGGUGAGGAAUAUGCCGUUCCAGCCGGAUGUGGUGGCGUGGAACACGCUGCUGGGGUGCUGCAAGGUGCAUGGGGACGCGCGGCGGGGGGCCGUGGCGGCACGGAACGCGGUUGGGAUUAGCCCGGGUUUUGCGGGGUCAACGGUGCUGCUGUCCAAUAUGUAUGCGGAGAUUGGGCGGCACGAGUGCAUGUCGAGCUUAGAUUUAAAGGUCGGGGUUUAGGUUUAGGGUUUAUCUAUUUCCAGAAUCUGGUCAACGUUCAAAAUUGUCAACAUUAUUUGGUCAGCGUUCUUAUUGACUAGAGCACAAAAGUUCAACCUGGACAAUAAUAUCAAUAAAUUUUCUAAUUUGCAGCCUCUAUUAAA